UUACCAACAUCAGAGAUAGCGAUGGACUGCUGCUGCUUCCUGGGCUUGGCGCCUCGCGCUCGCGCGGCCCCAAGCAAGCGGCUCAGGCUUGUGCGUCAUGGAGAGAGUCAGUACAAUGUAUACUAUGCUGAACACCAUCGUGAUCCAGGCGACUUCUGGGAUGCUGCCCUCACACCGAAGGGCGAGGAACAAGCCAAGCUCCUUAGAUCUCGCUUUGAGAAGCUUCCCGAGAUGAUCGUCAGUUCGCCAUUGACCCGCGCGAUUCAGACAGCGCUGCUUGCUGUCCCGGACGGAACAGGACGACGGGUCGUGGCGAACCCUCUUUGCUCUGAGCAUCUGGAGGCCUCCUGCGACCUCGGAAGGCCAGCGUCGCAGCUCAGAUUCGCCUUUCCGCAGGUGGAUUUCGGGAACUUGCCCGACGUGUGGUGGUAUGUUCCAGAUGAUUGCAAGGCAGGCAUCACCCCUGAAGCUUCUCAGAAGCUCUUCGCCAAUGAUGGCCGCCGGGAGUCCCGGCCUGACUUCGAGCGCCGCGUCGACUCCUUUGUGGGCUGGCUCAUGCAGCAGCCUGGGAAGGAGAUCGCGAUCUUUGCCCACGCCGAUUUCUGCAACUGCCUCCUUCAGCGCUACUUCAGCUGGCGGGAGGAAAACUUUAAAGACUACUGGAUGAGCAACUGCGAGCUGCUGGAAGUCGAGCUCCGACAAGAG